GAAGCGCGUCAGGCGCGGGCGGAAGCGGGCGGGCGGCGGAGGGUCGCGGCGGCCGCGCCAUGGUGGAUUACAGCGUGUGGGACCACAUCGAGGUCUCGGACGACGAGGACGAGACUCACCCCAACAUCGACACCGCCAGUCUCUUCCGAUGGCGGCACCAGGCGCGCGUGGAGCGCAUGGAGCAGUUCCAGAAGGAGAAGGAGGAGCUGGAUAAGGGCUGCCGCGAGUGCAAGCGCCGGCUGGCCGAGUGCCAGAAGAGGAUGAAGGAGCUGGAGCUGGCCGAGCCGCAGAGCGGGAAGGGCGAGCUGGAGAAGCUGCAGGCCGAGGCCCAGCAGCUGAGGAACGAGGAGAAGAGCUGGGAGAGCAAGCUGGAGGAGCUGAGGAAGAAGGAGAAGAACAUGCCCUGGAACGUGGACACGCUCAGCAAGGACGGCUUCAGCAAGAGCGUUUUCAACGUGAAGCCUGAGGAGAAGGAGGAGACAGAGGAGCAGAAGGAGAAGAAGCACAAAACCUUCGUGGAGCGAUACGAAAAGCAGAUCAAACACUUUGGUGAGGGUCUGGGGGCUUCAGGGAGCAGCUUUUUGGGGUUCUCCGAGCCUGGGAGCCCCCCCUGUGCUGGGAGCAGCCCGGAAUCCUCUCACUUUGCUGGAAAAUCAAGGAUUUUCUGUGGUUUUCCCAUUUUUUUCCCCUGCUGCAGCAGAGUUUAGGGGGGGUUUAGUUAA